CGGAGCAGCGCGCGCCCUGUUCCGGGUUCACGAGCCUCUGGUAGAGGAGGCGGACCCGGACCCGGACCCGGACGCACCUGGACCACCGACGACUGCACGGACACCGGACGCACCGAACCGACCGCGGAACGCCCACCGGACCGGCUGAAGAUGGGGAACUUGAUCAAGGUGUUGACCAGAGACAUCGACAACAACGGAGGAAACUUCUUCCUGGACUUUGAAAACGCCCAGCCCUCGCAGUCGGAGACAGCGCUCUGGGAGGAGGUGAACCAAGUCCUGACGGAGGCCCGGGUGGUUCUGGAGGACCUGCAGUCGUACCGAGGAGCCGGGGAGGAGAUCCGUCAGGCCAUCCAGAGUCCAGGUCAGGAGGGGGUCCAGCAGAAGGCCUGGUCCGCUGUGGUUCCUCUGGUGGCCAAACUCAAGACCUUCUACGAGUUCUCGCAGAAGUUGGAGUCCAGUCUGAUGCGUCUCCUCGUCGUCCUCACCACCUCUGGGGCCACGCCCACUCAACACCUGGAGCACAAACAGGCGCUGGCACGACAGUUCGCACACAUCCUGCACUUCACCCUGCGCUUCGACGAACUCAAGAUGACUAACCCUGCCAUCCAGAAUGACUUCAGUUAUUACCGCAGAACCAUCAGCCGCAUGAGGAUCAACAACCUGACUGCAGAUGCAGUAAAUGAGGUGAACAACGAACUGGCCAAUCGCAUGUCUCUGUUCUACGCCAGUGCCACGCCCAUGCUGAAGACACUCAGCGACGCCACCAUGAAGUUUGUGUCAGAUAAUCCAGACGUCCCCAUUGAAAACACCACAGACUGUCUGAGCACCAUGGCCAGUGUGUGCAAAGUGAUGCUGGAUACACCGGAGUACCGCAGUCGUUUCACCAGUGAUGACACAGUGUUGUUCUGCCUGCGGGUCAUGGUGGGCGUCAUCAUCCUGUAUGACCACGUUCAUCCGGCCGGCGCCUUCGUGAAGACCUCCAACAUCGACAUGAAAGGCUGCAUUCGGGUGCUGAAGGAGCAGCCGCCCAGCAGCGUGGAGGGAUUACUAAACGCUCUCAGGUACACCACCAAACAUCUGAACGACGAGACUACCUCCAAGCAGAUCCGAAACCUUCUGCAACCAAACUAAAGGGGCCGGUCCGGGGCGGGGUUCUGGUCCGGACAUGUGACCCAGAACGCCUGGACCCACCUUGUUCCGCCUGGUUCUGCUCCUGCUGUUCUUUCAUAUGGGAUCAUCGGUUUUAUUUGGGUGUAAAAACGGUUCAUUCUACGACAAAUGCUGAGCUCCGCCUACUUCCACGGCACAUCGGAUCCAGGAACGACAACCAUGAAUGAGGCGUUCAAUGACAGGACAGAGUGUUGGUCACCUGGGUUUCAUGACCUUUACACCCACAGAUACUGAUAAAUGUCUGAGGUCCUGAUGGACUGGGUCUGACUAGGUCCACGGACUGUGGUCUGUCAGCAACCAGAGACACACCUUUAACCCUUCAAAUAACCCUUUAAUGAACCCUUUAAGCUUUUAAUUAACCCUUCAACCCUUUAAUUAACCCUUUAACCCUUUAAAUAACCCUUUAAUUAAUCCUUUAACCCUUUAAAUAACCUUUUAGCCCUUUAAUUAACC